CACAAGUCCACAACCACACCUCCGCACACCGCACACCGCCACAACCACACCUCCGCACACCUCCGCGCACCGCACACCGCCACAACCACACCUCCCCACACCUCCGCACACCGCACACCGCCGCACACCUCCGCACACCGUACACCGCACACCGCGCAGUCCACCAGGCGUCAGCCGUCCAGCCGUCCAGCCGUUCAGACCUGCCGGGCCGCCUCCCUCACGCUCCAGCCGGCAGUCCACACCGCACAAACCGCCAGGGGCCCAGGCCGCCACGGCUCAACUGCCCCACCACGACCUGCCGGCCGGCUCCCUCACGCUCCCGCCUCCAUGAGUCCGAAACAGGCGACUUUACAGCACUUAUCUCUCCCCAUCCUCCAAAGAAUCUGAAAUCGCCCAGCUUUGCGAUUUAGGCCAUAUCUCCAAAGCUGUAAAGCUCCUUAAUUCUCUUGUGUCGGAAGACUUAAUAACUGUGAAACCAGCCCUAUACGCCACACUUGUACGGGGGUGCAGGAAAACCAAUUCUUUCAACCUCGGUCUCCAGUUGCAGGCCCAUGUGACCAAGGCUGGCCUUGAUACUGACCGGUUUGUUGGCAACAAUCUCCUUUCGUUUUAUUUCAAGCUUGGAAGAAAUUUCUCUGAAACCCGACGUCUCUUCGAUGGGUUAGUCUACAAAGAUGUUGUUUCUUGGUGCUCUAUCAUAUCGGGUUAUAUUCGCGUGGGUAAGCCCAAACUUGCGCUUGUGCUGUAUGAGAAAAUGGUAGGUCAUGAGGUUGAGCAGAGUGCAUUUACUGUAUCUACUGCAAUCAAGGCGUGCUCUGAGCUUCGGGAGUUGAGACUUGGUAUGUGUUUCCAUGGGGUUGUGAUAACCCGCGGUUUUGAUGAUAGUGGUGUUAUUGUUAGUGGAUUGAUCGAUAUGUAUGGGAAGAAUUAUAAACCUGAUGAUGCACUAAAGAUGUUCGAUGAAAUGCCAUCUCUUGAUGAUAUUUGUUGGACCUCUUUAAUUUCAGCUCUUACUAAAAACAAUUUGUUUAGGAAAGCUUUGGAAAUCUUCCAUUCAGAACAUAGGAAACACAAGUUGGUUCCAGGUGCCCAUACUUUUGGAAGUGUUUUGACAGCUGUGGGGAAUUUAGGUAAGUUGAAGGAAGGAAAACAAGUGCAUGCAAAGGUUGUUUCUCAUGGGAUACGUGGUGAUAUAUUCGUUGAUAGUUCUUUAGUGGAUAUGUAUGCCAAAUGUGGGCUUAUGAACGAGUCUCGUCGGGUUUUUGACAGUAUGGGCAAAAGAAAUUCAGUUUCUUGGUGUGCUUUGCUAACCGGCUAUUGCCAUACGGGUGAUUAUGAUACAGUUAUCGAGUUAUUUAAGAUGAUGGAUGGGGUUGAACUUCACAGUUUUGGAACCGUUAUUCGUGCCUGUUCAGGAUUGGCUGCUUUGAAACCAGGGAAGGAAGUUCAUUACCAGUUUUUAAGGCAAGGUGGAUUCAGGGACGUAGUAAUUGAAUCUGCACUAGUCGAUCUUUAUGCAAGAUGUGGAUGUUUUGAUGCUGCCCAUAGCGUAUUUGCCAGAAUGGAUGUCAGGAAUCUGGUUUCUUGGAACUCUAUGAUAUCUGGGUUUGCACAGAACGGCAGGGGAGGCGAAGCUAUUAAAAUUUUCGACAAGAUGAUUGGUGAAGGUUUUAAGCCUGAUUAUAUAACCUUUGUUUCCGUUCUAUCUGCUUGUAGUCACAGUGGUUUUGUAGACAUGGGACGUAAAUAUUUCGAUUCCAUGACGCCUGAUUACGGAAUUAAAGCCGGGCUUGAGCAUUAUGGCUGCAUGGUUGAUCUUCUAUGUCGGGCUGGGGAGCUCGAAGAAUCAGAGUGUUUGAUUAACAGUUCAGACUUCAAAAGUGAUCCUUCUCUUUGGAUUUGCUUGCUUGGAGCUUGUAGCAGCACUACAGAUCCAGCCCUUGCAGAGCGAAUAUCAAAGAGAACAAUUGAAUUGAAACCCAAUUAUCAUAUGAGUUAUGUGUAUUUGGGUAAAGUGUACAAAGCAAUUGGACGGUGGGAUGAUGCUCUCAAGGUUUGGUGGGCGAUGCGACAGAAGAAGGUGGAAAAGAUUCCUGGAAAGAGCUGGGUUGAAUCUAACAAAAACCUAGGCCCCUUUUCUCACAUUUUUAACGCAGAAAAUAACUCAGAGAUUCUAAAUGAAAGGGCCUAGAAAAUGGGAUUGCUAUUGGCAAUUGUUGAAACAGAUGCUAAAUCUCAAGAGAUUUGCACGACCGCUUGUCCACAAAAGUGCUAGAGAUGUGUGUUCACUGUGAGGUCAGGCGCCAGGUGGUAAGGAAUUUGGCUCUGAAAAAGAUUAAUGCGCCUCUAUGUGCUCAAAAGAUUCCAGUGCGCCGGAUGAUGUGCUGCAUAGAUGCCACACGCACUACCUAGGUGUCCCCACCAAGAUCCACACUGUUGCAGUUGGGGCUGCCAUAGGUCAGGCAUGUCUCUUGCUGGCUGCAGGAACUAAAGGGAAAAGGUUUAUGCUGCCACAUUCAAAAGGUACCAUCAUCUGGGUUGCUACAGGCCAAUGACGUUUUCAUUCGGGCUAAAGAGGUGAUAAUACAAAGAGAUAUCCUUGUCGAACUUUUGGCCCAUCACACUGGAAAUCCUGUAGAGACUGUUGCUAAUGUGAUGAAAAGACCAUUCUACAUGGAUCCUCUAAAAGCAAUAGAAUUUGGCGUCAUUGACAAGGUAGAGUUUAUCUCCGAAUAACAGCGCUACUCGAUCUGCCGAAUAAUAAAUUCCGAGAAAAUCAGGUAAGGUAGUUUUUUCAAAAAAGUUACCCUGAAAUAUUCUGAUUUGAGCAUUCAGACAUAUGAAUGAUACAAACGUGGUUAGGACUCUAUGAGCAAAUCCUACAGGGUAACUUUUUUGAAAAAACUACCUUACCUGAUUUUCUCGGGAUUUAUUAUUCGGUUGAUCGAGAAGCGUUGUUUUCACUGUUUUAAAAAGUCGAAUACUCAAAAGCGUGCUACCCGAGACGAAAGGGUGGUGACAAUAAACCAGUAGCUGAUAACGGGACAAGAUCACACUCACCUUCUCCAAAAGUUAAACCAGUAGCUCAACUUUUUUGAAAAAACUACCUUACCUGAUUUUCUCGGGAUUUAUUAUUCGGUUGAUCGAGAAGCGUUGUUUUCACUGUUUUAAAAAGUCGAAUACUCAAAAGCGUGCUACCCGAGAUGAAAGGGUGGUGACAAUAAACCAGUAGCUGAUAACGGGACAAGAUCGCACUCACCUUCUCCAAACUCGCCGAUCGUCUGUCCGAGCUCAGAGGAUAGACAUGCUCUUCUACACUCUCCCUAACUUCCCUGAAUCGCGAUCUAGCCUUGUAAGUUAGGCUGCAAAAUCACUGGAGUACCCAUAGAGCAAAAUCACAGGAUUGGGAGUGAUGAGGAGAGCCCAAAAGUAGAGAAGACUCAAUAUCUGAGACUCGUGGGAAAACUCAUAUACCUAUCUCACACAAAGCCUGAAAUAGCAUAUCCCGUUAAUGUGGUUAGUCAGUUCACGCAUGAUCCACGCGAAAGACAAUUGCAGUCAGUGAAUAGAAUCUUGCAGUAUUUGAAGGCAAGUCCUGGGAGAGGACUGCUAUUCAAAAAGGAGGAACAUCUGUCUAUGGAGAUUUAUACAGAUGCAGACUAUGCAGGGUCAAUUGUUGACCGGAGGUCUACUACUGGAUAUUGCAUGUUCUUGGGUGAAAAUUUAGUGACAUGGAGGAGCAAGAAACAGAAUGUCGUGGCACGAUCGAGUAGAGCGGAAUGCAUCACCAAAGGGCUUCCAGUAGAGCGGUUUCGAGAACUUACUUGCAAGAUGGGAAUGAAAGACAUCCAUUCACCAUCUUUCAAAAACAGCCUCUCUAUACUUAAAGUUGCAUACGUUCGACCCUCCCUUACCGCACUGUAGGUGGGAGCCUUUACGGCACUGGGGUAGUCUUGUUGUUGUUGUCCUCAAUGAAUAGGGCCCUCCGUAAAUAUGCUUCGGAUACAUGAUUGUAUUAUUCAGAGGAGAGCUAGUAAUUACCUAAAAAGAAGAGUGACAAAAUUAAUUUGGGACAGAGGGAGUACAUGAUUGUAUUAUUCAGAGGAGAGCUAGUAAUUACCAUCUCCAGCAACAGAAUUAGUAGCAUUAGCAACCUGCUUCACAAGUUCUGCACCAACAUUCUUUGCCUUUUCCUUAAAGUUGAUACUUUUGGCUACUGUGACACCAUCCUUUGUCACCUUUGGUUCCCCCCACUGCUCUCAAUAAUCACAUUACGGCCCUAGAGAUUCAUUUAAAGACAAAAACAGUUCCAAUUAGGGUGACCGAAAUGAUAUGUAUCAUGAUGGCAGCAUAACGCCACUCUAUGGAUAUUUUUCUAUCUCCAGCAACUAUGAACACACAGUACACAAGAGAAAAAUCAAAUUAACAGUAACACAAGAAAAACCUGAAGGCUGAAGCAAUGGAGAAUGCAGCUCUAUACAUUGCCAGAGAGUGCUAAAAUGGAGUAGCUGAACUUUCAGAGAUUAGUGAACAGGUCACUGUUUCAGUGGCAUCAAAGUUCGUGCUGCUGUGGGUUUAGAGUUUAAGAUAGAUGGGACAUAUUUGUUUCAGCUGGACUUUUAUUUGUUUCAGAGAUUGUUUCACUUUGAAUUUGCUGUUAGCAUUUUGUUUGAUAGUGGAUUAAUAAAAUAAAAAUUGUGCGAUGGAGAUUGUGCAGAAGAAAAGAUUAACUGGAACCAUAAAUUCGUUACUUAAAACACAAAGUGACAAAGUUAGUGGAACCACAAAUUUGUUGUAAAUCCAGACCGGCUCAGAGUCUGAGGCCUCAAUCACCAAAAGCCCAAGGGCUUGCUCGACAUUCACCACCAGGGUUGCAAACAGUAAAGACGAAGGGCAACAGUCACAAACACUCACUCAAUUUAGGAGCCUAACCCCCCAGACCAGAUAACUCAGAGAACCCACCAUAGAAGAACCCCCAAACAACCAGACCAGAGUAAAGCCCACAAAAGGUUCCCCAAGGAAUCAUCGGAGGUUAGCCGGAGCUCAGUACCACAGUGAAAUCGGCACUCUCACUCUAGAAUUAGGGUAACACUCUAGAAGAUACAUCGGUUAGAGAGAAGGACUGAACGAUCAAAUAGGCUGUUCCAGAAGGAACCAGGCAAUAUAAGGGAAGGGCCACAAGAGUCAUGGGCUGGGAGAAGACAAAAUGGGGCAAGUGGGCUUGGUCGGAGAGACAGCCCAAAUGGGCCAGACUCAUUAAAUAUGAGACCAAAGCUUUAAUGAGGUGGACCAAUACCAUCAACAAGUUCUAAGAGACAGAAGAAGUAUUUCUUAUGUUUCAAAUCUAUAUCUAUAUAUAUAGUAAAACAGAAAAGUGUGGGGGAGAUUUGGGAGGAUUUUGGGCGGGAAUGGCAGUAAGCCAAAGAGAACGUGUGUUGCCAUUUAAUUGUAUUCUGGAUUAGCAUCAAUAAAUACAUUAAUUAUUCUAUGUUGAGGCUGUCCAACUUUCUCAUGUCCCUUCUUUUUAAAAAGAUGCAUGAAUGCAUCUAUCCCAAUACCGAAAUAAACAUCAACGGAGAAGGCUGUUCGUUUUCUUACGCUGGAAAGGCUCUAAUGAUACUGACACGUAUAAUUGGCUGCUCUCCUCACAUUUCAAGAAGACUUAUACGUUAAAAAUUGAUGAUGCAAAAUCUGUUUUACAGAAAUUAUUUAUGGGUUCUAUGCAUCAAUUGUUCAUAGUCUUACAACUUCUUAAAGAUGUUUUGCAAUUUUCCAGAUACCCUUUGAAAUUCCCAACAUUUAUUUAAUCAAUGUUACAUUGAAUCAUGGGUUGGUGCCGUGUUGGUGGUGUGUUUCUUCCCCGCCUCCAUAUAAAACCCUGCAAACCUAUAUUCCCCCACCAACACCAAACUGUGAAGGUUUGAAAAGCAACAUCAGUACACCACGAGUCCACGAUACUAUUUUUAAAACAAGAUGGUGGCAGAGCAAUCCAUGCUAACUCUUUCUGAUUUUGAACGAGAUCCAAGUAAAUUUCCUCCUAAAACACACCUCCCAGUCCCCCCUAAACAUUUUUUUUUGAUGUUCUGCACUUUGUAAAUUUUUUAUGAUGAAAAAGACAAUGCUUAGAGAGGUUCUUCUUGUAUUUUAAGCUCAUUUGUAUGUGAGUGUAUGCAUUUCGUGAAAGAUGUCUAUUUGAGUUAAGUAAUCAAAUUUAAAUUAUAAACAAUGAGAUCGAACGUUAUUUCAUUAUAGUUUUGUUUAAGUUUAUGAAAUAUUUUUGCUUCACUAAUUUGUCGUGUCUAAUUUUUUUAAAGUAAUCAAAGAACUAGAAUACUUUCCAGCGGAUAUGCAUGGGGAGUAUGAGAUUUGUGGUUUUUAAUUUUUUUCAGACUUCGAGUUAUGGGUCAAAAAGCCAUGAUGGUGAUUCUAGAAGAUUAAAUUUUUAAAUAUGUUUAUAUAUAUAAUAGUGGCAAUGAACUUUUGGAGGAAGCAUUGUAGCAUUUUGAGUGAAUACCUAGGUUAAAAAUUAUUGAUUCAUACGCAGUUCAAGGGAAGAAUUGUGUGAGAGAAUUGGUUAUUCGGCUGACCAAAGCUAAUGGUUUGGUUCAAAGAAAAUUUUGGAACACAGAUGUUGAGUUCAAAGAAAAUACUUCCUAAACGGUGUAACACAUUUAUUUGGCCGACUACAAUGUCUGGCCUUUUGGUUCACUGGUUCAUGAAAUAAGUAGUAUAUAAAGGAUGCAUUUGUGCUCUUUGGACACCAGUCAAUUUAACAUUUUCACAAGGUAAUUCUCCACACAAUACGAACAAGGGAAUUUGCCAAAUAAGGAACUGGGAAGAAGUGUGAAGUUAAUUUCAGGAUUGUCCGAAAAGGAAAGCGAGAAGUUGUUUCUGGGAUGGAGGGAGUAUUUAAAUAUCAUCAUGUAUGUACUUAUGAAUUCUUUUUUUAAUAAAAAUUAGCCGCAAAGUCUUUCUAAACUAGCGGAAAAAAAUUCGCCCCACUACACUAGCAAAAAAAAAUCUCCUGACUACACUAGCGAAAAAAAUUUCACCCACUACACUAACGAAAAAAAAUUUGCCCCCCUUGACUCCAAAUCCCGGAUCCGUCCAUGUUCUCAAUCAUAAUCUCUAACAAUAUAUGUUUCACAUCAUCAACAUGAUUUCCAAAUCAUCUCAAGGAUGAGGAUGCCCUAAUGUGACAUGUGUCAUGUUACACUUCUAAAAAAUGUAGAGCCAUGUAUGGAUGUGCCCUGCCAUUAAUUAGCCACUUCAGGUUUUGGUCAACGUUGGGUUAAGAAGAGCGGUUGAAUGUUUUAGCAACCGUUAAGAUUUCGAAGGGCAGCGGAUGCUCGGGUCACAAAUGGAAUUAUGAAAAGCGGCGGACGUUUCAGCCAACAAUGUCAAUUAGCUAGGAGGAAUAAUAGAGUCCAAUUGUAAUUUUUUAUUUAUCAUUUUGGCAUUGUUUAUUUAUAUUUCUUGGGAUUUGGAUUUUGUGAUGGAAUAAUAGAGUCCAAUUGUAAUUUUUUAUUUGUUAAUAUGCUACUUAAGAUUAAUAUGUAUACAUAUACAUAUGUUGGUGUGUAAUAAAUGGAGCCUCAAGAAAAAU